AUGUCCUUCUUCCCUGGUAUUGUCCUGUGAAAAGCAUUCCUCGAAAGCAAUAAUGAGCAGCAAAUCAAAACAGCAAGGUACCAAAUAGUAUCAGUGAGUAGCCUGCUUCUCGAAGAAAAAUCAAUUCAGCCAAUGACACGAAGAUUACUCAAAGAGAUGAAAACCCUAGCAGAGAAAAAAGACGAAGAGUUUUCUAGCGAACACUUAAAGCGUUUGAUUAGUUUUGUUGAUGUUUUAUAUGAUUUUUGUUCAGCAAAAAUAAUCAGUUCUGCAGAAGAAGUAAACACCGAAUCAGAUGACUAG